GGAAGGUUUGGAUACCCUAUUGAUGCCCCCCAAAAGCACCCACCAUCCCCCUCCUCGUUUCCCUUUAUCCCUCAAUUUCAUCCUUUAGUUCUACCCCUUUUUCCUUAUCGUUCUUUACAAACCUCUCUCCGUCACAGUCCUGAGGGAACGCUGCACUUGGAAUCUGUAUAUCCUCUUAGUUCCGUGGGUGCUGUGUGUACCCUAAUCCAGGAUUUAUUUCUGUAAGCAAACAGCCAUGCAAAGGCGGAAUCUGCUCUUCAUCCUUUCCCAGCUCUUCCUCCUCCUGUCUUUUUCCGAGGCAAAAAAGAAGUCCAAGCCGGCAUUAGAUGCAGUGACCGGGCCAGAUAGCACAGCAGUUAAAGCCUUUAUGGGGUCGGGUCAGCUAAGCACUAAAGAUGGGCAUCGCUGUACCUGGGAGACGCUGGAGAGAGGCACUAAUAUCAUUCUACAGGUGAGGUGCUCCGUCCCCGGGGAGGAGGGGCUUAGUUCUCCGUACACGUGCGAGUUUGCCGGGAAACCUCAGGAGUGUUCAGUGUACAACAGCCAGUCAUCCCAGUACUGGAAACAGGUGGUGAGCAAACUUAAGAAACGGAAGAACGCUUGUGAGGGGGAGAAGGUUUUGAAAACUCGUCUAUGUAAGAAAGCGCCAAGUGCGUCCCACAUGAAGCUCACGGAAAGAAGCGGAGAGCAAACUACCACUCCCAUGAGCGAGGGGGUGAAGGGUGAGAGCAAACGGAAAACAGAAGUACCUGCAAGGAAAAGCAAAGACACAAAGAAAGAAAAGGAACGGGAGGUGAAAAAAGAGGAGGACAAAAGGUUUGGAGACAUUGUAGAUGAUGAAUACCAAGACACGGAGCCUGACGUCAGCUACUGUGGAGAGGGAUGGAGUUCAGUCUGCAACUUCUUUGUCAAGUUUUUUAAUGGUUAAAGUCCUCACAAUUGAUUUUUUUUGUCUUUCAUAUGUUAGCCUUAAGGAUAUCUAUAAACUAGAGUGCUCCAAAACAUUCACAAAAUAUAUGUUUUACAAAUAGAAGCAUUUAAAACAUACAGUCUCUCACUUCCACCAAUACGGAUCAACAAUUUUUACACCAUGACAUAAUUUCAUCAGACUUUGAGGUAAACGAAAGGCUAUUGGCUAUAUUAAAAAGAGGAAGGAGCCACUCAAUAUUAUGAAGGUAUAUUUGGUGCA